CUCACCUUCCCGAGACACAAUCUAACAGGAUUCGCAUUUUAUUACCCGCGCGCAUCGACUGUGACGAAAAGGGUUUCCGAGCACCUCACCCUAGCCGGCGUAUCGCUCGCCGAUCUCCGAAGUAGACUUCAGGGCUUGCUAUACUCCGGAUUGCCUUGAUGUAAGAAAUAUCUCUUUAUACUACAUAUCAUCGCGACGCCUACGAUAUCUUAAAUUCCCUGUCGCGUUGGCAUCGUCCGGCGCCUCUGUGAAAGAUGCCUGUCAUCAACGGACAAAAAAUGGCUUGCGAGCCAUGCAUACGAGGCCAUCGUUCGACUAAAUGUACUCAUGCGGGGGAUCGUCUCCUACUGCCCGUGCGAAAGCCGGGUCGGCCUCUGAGUACCUGCCCGCAUCCGCCGGGAAAGGCCUGCCAAUGCAGAUCGAGUGUAACAGCUGCGAUACCUAGAGGUGCCGCCUGCCGUUGUGGCGGAGGCUCGUCUGUUAAAACUAACGGUACGCCGACGAUCGUUAAGGCCGAACCGUCGGACAACCCACCGUUAUCACCCGCGAAACAAGCGUCUUUUCGGAUACAGAAACCGACGACGAAACCACCUCGCAAACAGUCUGCUGACGCAUCUGCCCUGCAGCGGAUGAACCCUAGUAGUCUGAAUUUGGUCAAUGCUGCCAAUGUUUCGGUGACGGCUCCUGGAAAUGGAGCGUCAAUACCCGAUUAUACCAGCUAUAUUCCAUCACUACAAAAUGGAAACCACCAAUACCCAACAUAUCCUCACAUAAAUUCCCGCUUAGAUAGUGCAGUGGACUCUCCGUUGAUGUCGCUGAACGGUAGCCUGUCGGGACCGCCGCUAAUGCAAGCUUCCGGAAAUGAAGUAUCUGACAGUUCCGGUACGUUAACGCCUGGUACUUCUAGCUCGCCGUAUCAUACACCGACAUCUAGUAAUGGGGAUUCCUUACCGCAAGAGCCGCCUUUUGAAGCGGCGGGAAGCUGCUGUUCCCAGCGAAUACGACCUCAACCUCAACCACAAACCCAGGUGCAGAAUCACAUACAAUUCCAGGGCCAGAUGCAGACCAGACCUCAAGAGCAGACACAUAUGAUGGGAUAUGCCCCUCAGGUUAUCACGAACAACGGCUCGAUAAUGGGCCAGUUUCAACAAAUAGCAGCUAACCAACAGAUGUACCCGAUAAGUAAUUUCGGUCAGUCGGCUUUAUACCCGGAGACCUCGUCGUACGGGACACCUCACUUUCCGUUGCAACAGUCGCAGUGGGAACAGUUAGUGGCGAGCCUGAUACCACAGGUUGAACCGAAUGGAAAUGCUCCCGGCUCAUAUACUAGCCAUGUGUGUAACUGCGGUCCCGACUGCGAUUGUCUUGGUUGUCUUGCCCACCCAUACAAUCAAGCGACGUGCGAAUAUAUUCGCGAGGUUAUGGCAUUCCAAGAAACCAAUGUUAACGGCAAGAUAGACAGUGGCAACUCAAUACCGGAUCCGCCGCUGGCGGUGAGCGAAACACCGCCAGCGCCAGCUCAAACCCCGUCCGAUACCGAUUCGCCAGGUGGGAACGAUCAAAACCUAUCACCAAGUGAAUUCCUCUUCGUGGAUUACGGCAGUGGCAUGUGCGGAUGCGGCGAUGACUGCGCAUGUGUCAAUUGUAUGAUUCAUCGUGAUACUAUAGACCCUAAGGGUCAUCAGGACAAAACACCCAAUUGAGGUGGGGGCGAAACCGUGGUUGUUCCAAUUGUCCCGUGGUUUAAUAUUUGAACCACAUAGCGCCUUCUGAAGGAGAAGCAGAUCGAGAGAUCGAAUGAAAUCUCUGAGAUUUCGGACGAAAAUUCAUGAGAGAGGAGAUACAUGACUUAUGCAUACCCAAGG